AUGAGCGAGCAUCAACCUCCACGACCCCACCCUCAAGGGAUGCCGAGCUUCUGGCGAAGCACGCCUGGCAAUCUUGAUAAUCACCGCUCGACUGCGAAUCUUCCCACCAAGGCCGACAUAGUCAUUAUCGGUGCCGGCUAUAGCGGUGCUUCAAUCGUCACUCAGCUACUCCGUCAUCCCAGCUACCGCGUCAAGAAGCCAUCUAUGCUCGUCCUGGAAUCCAGGCAGCUGUGUUCAGGAGCAACCGGGCGCAACGGCGGACAUCUGAAACCCGACUCGUACGCCUCCAUCAGCAGGCUCACUCAGGAGUACGGACUGAAAGCGGCUGCCGAGGUGGCAGAUUUUGAAUCUGCCAAUGUUGCUGCAGUAGCCGACUUUAUUCGUCAAGAAAAGAUCGACUGUGACUUUGUAAUUACCAGGGCCAUCGAUGUGCAGUUCUCCGAGGAACAGCAGCGCCGUCUGAAGGAGGGUUACGAGGGCCUUGUGGCAGCCGGUGUCGAGUCAACAAAGGCAACGUUCUGUGCCCCGGAGAAACACGCAGAGCAGCUCUCCGGAGUCAAAGGCGCCAAGGGCAUGUUUAGCUACACUGCUGGAAAUGUAUCGCCGUACAAGCUCAUCCACCAUCUAUUUGCAGACGCCAUUACACAAGGAGUAAAUAUCCAGACUAAUACUUCUGCCACUGCUCUUUCGCACAGUCAACAACAAGAGCUCAAUUGGUGUAUCGAGACUCCUCGCGGAAAAGUCCACGCCAAGCAAAUCAUCAUGGCUACCAACGCCUACACAGCGUCACUACUUCCGGAAUACGCCGACAAAAUCAUUCCGUACAGAGGGGCCGUUGCUCAUAUCAAGACACCAGGGAAAGCUCCGUUUCUCCCCAACACUUAUUCCCUCCGCUUCAACGACUGGGACUUUGACUAUCUCAUUCCGAGGCCUGACGGGAGUAUCAUCGUCGGGGGUGCACGACAAACAUAUCUAGCCGACAAGAAGCAGUGGUAUGCUAAUGUCGACGAUAGUCAGAUUAUUCAGAAGACUCGCAAAUAUUUUGAUGGGUACAUGCAACGGCACUUUAUCGGGUGGGAGGACAGUGAGGCCUAUGUAGCAGACCUUUGGACCGGAAUCAUGGGCUACUCAUCCGACCGCUUACCCAGAGUGGGGCCUAUCCCGAAUCGUGAAGGCAUGUAUAUCAUGGCAGGAUUCACGGGCCACGGCAUGCCGCAGGUGUUCCUAUGCGCCAAGGGGAUAGCGGACAUGGUCCUCGAUGGAGCGCCAUUUGGAAGCUCAGGUUUACCAUCUCUGUUCGAAGAGACACAAACAAGGUUAGCAGACCCGAGAAACAUGGUCAAGGAGAUUUACAACGCUGCGGCCUCGCAGGCAAAGCUUUGA